UAAAAAUAUAGCUCAUGUUUUACAUGAAAUACAAGAUAUUAGUUUGUUAUCAAAAAAUAUAUUAUUAGAAAUAAUUAGUAAAAUAAAAAGCAACAUACAUUUUGGAAGCCUUAAUGAAGUUGUACAACAUAUUGACUAUACUAUUAUACAACACUUAAAAAAUUGUACACAAAUUGCUUUUAAUAGUAGUUUAUGUACUAAAACAAUUAUUGAUUCUCACUUAAUGUUAGCUCAAUAUUGUUUAGAAGAAUUAAAUCUUAAAAAAAGCACUGAAGACAAUCAGAAAUGUGUGUUAUUUAUAGAAUCUGUUUUAAAAGCAAUGAAAUAUGGUUCUAAAAAAGCAUCGGAAUUAUUUCCUAUUAUAUUACAGUUUGAAAAUCUAUCUGACUUUUCAUUAAAAGAAACAUUCAUUUCAGAAAAUCAAAAUGUUCCAGAGUAUAUGUUCCUGGAAUGGAUAAAUCAGAUUUUAGGUUGUUUGGAUUCUCCUCUAAUUAAUGUAAUUGGUCCACUUUUAAUUCGUUUAUGUCAAGUUUAUCCUAAGGCUAUUCAUUUACCUUUGAACAUUUUUAUGGAAAGAAAUGUGUAUAAUAAUGAAGAUUGUGAAACAUUYUUGAAAGCAAAACUCAUUCCAUUAAUAUCUGAUAUUUAUUUGGAUAUGUUUGUAAAAGCUAUAAAUAAUGUUUGUUGUCCAUUUACUCAGCUCUUAGAAUAUAUAAAUGAUGUGCAAGAGAGUAUAAAAACUAAUUGUUUGAAUGUGAUUAAAUUGGCAUUUGAAAAUGUAUUUAAGAACUGUUUUAUUACCGAAGAAAACCAACAAUUCAAAGGAAAUGCAUUUAAGGCAUUGGAUAUAUUUAAAGAUAAUCUUAAAUUAAUUUUUGAAGAGUUCCAAUUAUCUAAUUCCAAUUUAAAUAAUGUUUGUACAGCAUUAACAGAAAUUAAAAAACAAGUAGAUAGUCAAAAAAAAGAAUACUACUGUAAAAAACCAUCUACUCAUUUAAUUAAUUAUUGUCCGUGGUUAGCUCAGUAUUCUAAUCAUAAUAUAGACACUAUUGAAAUUCCAGGACAGUAUUCUGGAAUAAAAAAACCUAAUGUUGACAAUMAUAUUACUAUUGCAUCAUUUAAACCAAAUGUUCAAGUAAUUUUUUCAUUGAGAAAUCCAAUUAAAAUCAUCAUGAUAGGAAACAAUGGAGAAAAAUAUAGUUUCUUGAUCAAAUUCGGAGAAGAUUUAAGGCAAGACCAACGAAUUCAACAAUUACAUAAAAUAAUAAAUGAUGCAUUGUCAAACAAUGCUUAUUGUUGUGACAGACAAUUAUCACUUUUAACUUAUAUUGUAUUUCCAAUAUCAACAAAAUUGGGUAUGAUUGAAUGGAUUAAUAAUACAGUUACAUUAAAAGAUUUAAUUUGUGAAUCUUUUCCUGGUGGUAAAGAAGUUGGUAUAAAACAAUUACAUUCUAAAGUUGUUGAACAUUAUCGUUGGCUGUCUGAAAAGUCUGUUUCAUCAAACAAGCUGGUUGUCUAUGCACAAGCAACUAUAAAUAACAAUAGUAUGGUUACUGUUGCAAAAUUUAAACAGCUUGUCCAAUCAAUACCUGAUGAUAUAUUAAGGAAAUCUUUAUUCAACUUAUGUCAUUGUGCUGAAAUGUAUAUUUGCUUGAGAUCAAAAUUUAUUACCAGUUUCUCAGUUCUAUCAAUUUGUCAUUGGUUGUUAGGAAUCGGUGAUAGACAUCUAGAUAACACAAUUGUUUCAACAAAAACGGGAUUUUGCAUUGGGAUUGAUUUCAAUUUUGCAUUUCAUACAGCAACUAGUAUACAAAUAAUACCUGAAUUGAUACCAUUUAGGAUGUCACCUCAUAUUGUUUCCUUAAUGUCACCGCUAAACUUAACAGGUUUUAUUCGAGAAACUAUGGUGCAUACAUUAAAAACAUUAAUUGAUAACCGAGAAAUGUUACUAUCAGUGAUGCAAGUCUUUAUUAAUGAUCCUUCUGCAGACUGGGUAAAAAUGGCCAAAAUUGAAACCUUAAGAAUUGAUGGUGACUUUAACUCUAAAGAAAUACAAUGGUUUCCUAAAAAAAAAAUACUCUCUGGCAAGGACAAAAUGAAUGGCAUUAAUCCUAUUGAAGUAUUAUGUCAUGAGCUUGAAAUUUCUUGUAUACCAAACGAUUACAAACAAGCAUUGCUUAACAUACUUAAAAGUGAUUCUCAAAACAAUACAUUCAAAAGGUCAAAACUACAAAAGUGUAAUAUCACACAUAAUCAACAGAUUGAUUGUCUGUUAGAUAUUGCUACCGACCAUCAAAUUUUAUGUCUAGCCUACAGUGGUCUUCAACUUUGGGUUUAAUUUAAACCCUUUUUAUACAUUUAUUUUUUAUUUUUAUUCACUUAUUUUUUUAUUAUUUAUCUA